AUGGCAGGGAAGACGUUGUGCAGCCCGUUAUCUGGCUGUGGGCGAGAAGAGGCAGAGGCAGCUGCAGCUCCCUGUUGCGGAUGGGUUGAUGGAGGGGUUGUACUGUAUGUCUGUGUGGAAAUGAGUGUGUAUUUGUGUGCAUGCAUGCCAGUCUCAGACUGUGUGCGUGUAGUAUUUGCAUGAGCUGCAACCGGAGCUGCUGCUGCUGCAGUUGGUGAAUAAGACAGACAGGGAAUCGGAGUAUGGGUAGCAUGAAAGGAACCAGAUUAAUAAUGCAUAGUGCCGGUUGCAUGCUCUGCAUUAGUUAGUUUUACUGAGACCUGUGGCUGCCUACAAUCUGCCUGACUCACUGACUUCUGACCUGCCUUUCUGCCUGCUUGACCAACGCAGACAUGUCUCACUACCAUUUCAUCAAAUGUUGUUGUUUCCAGCUAUGUAACGUUUUUCGUCACAACAUGGAGAUAGACCAGUGUUUGCUGGAGUCUCUCCCAAUUGGCCAGCGCCAGCGCCUGGUCAAACGGAUGCGCUGUGACCAAAUAAGGGCAUAUUACGAAAGGGAAAAGAACCUUGAAAGGCAGCAGGGUGGAGUCAAAGUUCGAGCCCCAUCCACCUACGGCAGGAAGCAUCGCAUCCGCUUCAGGCACACCGACCUCAUUCAAGAUGCAAUCAUUCGCCAUGACAACAAAGAAGUGUUGUGUCUCUUAAAGGAGGGAGCAGACCCCAACACUCCAACUUCCUCAGGGGGAUCUUUGCUGCACCUGUGUGCUCGCCAUGAUAAUGUGUUUGCAGCCGAGGUCCUGAUUGAGCGAGGCUUAAAUGUCAACAAACAGGACGAAGACCUUUGGACAGCCCUUCAUGUAGCAUGUGUAUGUGACCAUGCAGAUAUGGUUUUGCUUCUACUGCUGGCUGGAGUUAACGCUUUGCUGCAGGAUAUCAAUGGAAACAUUCCUCUGGACUACACUUUUGAGGGGACGGAGACCAGCUAUAUUCUCCGAAAGUAUUUGGAGGACAAUGGUGUAGAUGUGGCCUCCAUGCAUAUUAUAAAGACACAGAGACCAACCACCAUGCUGACCGAUGUGAAAAAUCUUGUAACCACAAAGGGAAGCCUUAACCAGCCAAAUGAUGAAGGAGUCACUCUGCUCCACAUUGCAUGUGCCAGUGGUUACAGAGAGGUGGUGUCAGUGUUAUUGGAAAGUGGAGCAGACCCCCAUCCGGCCGACAACAACUUUUGGACCCCACUCCAUUUGGCUGCAAAAUAUGGGCAGAUCAGCAUUGUUUGCAAGCUCCUGAGGUAUGGAGCAAACCCAACUUUGCUCAACUGCAACCAAGACAAGCCAUCUGAUCUUGCUGUGUCAGAACCCAUAGCAGAGAUGCUGCUGAAUGCAGAAGAGAGCUGGUUGCAGAGACUAAAAGAUCCCACUGCUCCCCAACCUUCUACUGAUCAGCGUUAUGAUGGGGGCUCCUACGAUUUCAGCACACCUCUCAAGACUUUGAACCCGCUUGGUCUCUCAAUCUCUAAGCGGGACAGUCUGCUAGAGAGGUGUACAAUGUUCAGAGAGGCAAGUGGAGCACUAAGCCAACAACCCUCUCAGGAUAAUGGCCUCGAUAGCCCCUUUAGCUCUGGACCCAGCAAGCUUGAGCAGGUCAAGCUGAUGCCUCCAGCUCCCAAUGAUGACCUUGCAUCCCUCAGUGAAUUGACUGACAGUAGCCUGCUCUACGAGAUGCAGAAGCGCUUUUGCAAUGACCAAAUCUAUACUUACAUUGGACAUAUUCUCCUACUGAUCAAUCCAAACAAAGAGCUGCCUAUUUAUUCCACUUUGGUCAGUCAGUUGUACUUGAGCUCCACUGGUCGCCUCUGCUCUUCCCUUCCGCCUCACAUCUUCUCCUCAGCUGAGAGGGCGUUCCACAUGAUGCAGCAGGAGAGACGCCCACAGUGUUUUAUCCUGAGUGGUGAGAGUGGUUCUGGGAAAACUGAGGCAUGUAAGCACAUUGUGAGACACUUGAUAGCUCGCUCCAACCCCAAAGGCUUUGGGUUAGAGCCCAGAAUGAAACACGUAAACUGUAUUCUGGAAGCCUUUGGCCACGCAAAGACUCCAAGGAACACUAACUCAAGCCGUUUUAUUAAGCUGCUAACAAUCCAGUUCUGUGAGAAACAAAGGACAAUACUGAGAGCCCAUGUGUCCACCUACAUGCUGGAGAAGACCCGUGUGGUUCACCUGCCGCCCCAGCAUCAGAACUUUCAAAUCUUCCAUCUGAUGGCUGAAGGCCUCUCCCCUGAGGAGAAGAGUGAACUUUAUCUUAAUAAUGUCCUGGCUCAUAGAUAUCUUAAUGCAGGAACUCUGGGUGUAAGCCCUCCUGUAGCCCCAGCUUCUGCUCAGAGCAGGGAGCUUCUGGUUGGAGUCAAACAAGCCCUGCGUGCCCUGGGCUUUAAUAAACAGGAGGUUGACUCGGUAUUCACGCUGCUCUCCGCUGUUCUCCAUAUUGGCGACCUGCGUUUCACUGCCCUGAAAGAUACCAAUUCAGCCUUCCCUUCUGACUUGCAGCUGCUGGAUAGAGUUGCUGGAUUGUUGCAGGUGUCAGCUAAUGAUCUAAGCACUGCCCUCACCUCUGACGUUCAGUACAUCAAAGGGGAUGUGAUUAAUAGAUGCCACACAGUAGAGAUGGCAGAGCAGUACAGGGACCAGCUUGCUAAAUCCAUCUACGGACGCCUCUUCUACUAUUUAGUCAACAGCAUCAACGACUACCUUCAAGGGCAGGAAGAUAUCAUUGGUGAUCCCGCUAUGGAAAUUGGUAUCUUGGACAUGUUUGGGUUUGAAGAAUUUCAAAGAAAUGAAUUUGAACAGCUGUGCGUGAACAUGACCAACCAACGGCUGAGGCAGUAUGUCUCUGAGGUGCUCUUCCAGCAGGAGCAGGCUGAGUGUCUGCAGGAGGGUAUCACCAUGGAGAUCCCCCUCUCCAGCAGCAACCACGGCGCCGUGCUGGACUUCCUUCUUCAGAGGCCUCAGGGACUGCUGUGUGUGCUGGAUGAAGAGAGUCAAAGCUUACGGCCUGCAGAGCAGAGCCUUUACAAGAGGCUGUCCACCCAGCUGGGCUCCAGUUCAAUUUGUGGGCUUUCACUCACCACCAAGGAUGGCAAUGGGAACCCCCCACCCAAAGACCAGGGACCAGCCUUCACUGUCAGCCACUAUGCAGGAGAGAUUUCAUAUGAUCUGACUGGAUCUCUGACCAAAAACAAAGACUUCUUCCCGCAGAAUCUCUUGCUUACAAUAAAAACCAGUGAAAGUGUGUUACUGCAGCAGCUCUUCCAGUCCAAGCUGACUCAGACUGGUUCUCUGGUGCCAGCUGCACAGGGCCGCAUUGGCCUGAGAGGGACUAAAGCAGCCUUGUUGCUUCAGAGGAUAACAUCAGCCUCCCCUGUCAAUGCCACUCUUAUCCCUGAACAGCCUCGGAGGUACCAAGAUCUUACCAAGAUAUUAAAGAAAAAAGGCUCCAGUUCUUUCCUCCAGCGACUCGAACGUUGUGGGCCAAUCACAGGGGCUGUCCAGCUGAGGAACUCACUUUCAGAGCUUAUGAGUAAACUGCAAACUCGCACUCCCCACUUUGUAGAGUGUGUUCGCCCCAAUUCUAGUGGUCAGCCAGGCAGCUUUGACAGCUGCCACGUCUCUUCCCAGCUGCGGUACAUCGGAGUGCUUGAUAUGGUGCGCAUGAUUCGCUAUGGAUACCCCGUCCGUCUGUCCUUCCCAGCAUUCCUCAGCAGAUAUAAAGACCUCCUGGUCCCUACUUUGGGAGACAAGAAGAAAUUGUCAGCUGAGGAGAAAUGUCGUUCCAUCCUACAGCAGUCAAAACUCCAAGGAUGGCAGAUGGGCAAGAGUAAAGUGUUUCUGAGAUACUGGCAGCCAGACCAGCUCAAUGACCGCUGCUACCAGCUUCACAAAAAGAUCAUCACCUGUCAGAAAGUUGUCCGCGGCUGGCUUGCUAGGCAACAGGUCAGUCACAGGCUCUCGCUGCAGCAUAAAGAGCAGUGCAGCGUGCAGCGUUUUUUGCAGGGAGCCGAAGACAUGGGGCUACAGAUCUACGACCAGCUGGUAAUCCAAAAUGCAUCUGACAUUGCACGAGAGAGUGACCGUCUGCGCUGUCAUGGCAAUAGUCUGCUUAGCACCCUCAGUAGCAGCCCACCACUUGGUGAGAGGCCUGAGCCAGUGGGCAAAGAGGAGGAUCAGCCAGUCAGGAGGAUGGUGGAGAAGAGCGGAAAAGUCCAUGAGGGUCAUGUCACUGCAGGAGGCAGAAUUAUUCGUCACUUUCGUUCCAGCUCAGUACCCAUUCCCCUUGCUUUGGACAAUAUGGUCCAUUUCUCUGCUAGUCCACCAGUCAAACAAUCAUUGCAGCAGAACGUUGAGGACGGAGCAGGAAGUGGGAGUCUGUCCUCACCUCGCAAGCAACCUCCUCCCAAACCAAAGAGGGAUCCCAAUACUCGCCUAAGUGCGUCCUAUGAAGCUGUUAGUGCAGGGUUGACAAUGGCUGCCAAAGAAAGCUAUACUCCAGAGGGGUCCAGUUCACCUGCUGGAAGCCCUCCUAAAUCCCAGCUGUCCCCCAGUGACCCAGCAGCCAAGCCCCGCCCCCAUAGUGAUGACUACACAACUAUAAGAAAAGUACCACCACCCAAGCCUAAGCGCAGCCCUAACACUAAGUUGACAGGCUCAUAUGAGGAAAUCAAUGCUGUGGCACCUCUGCUUCACCAGCUACGCCCUGCUGAUGUAAAACUGGCCCUGCUUUCUCGUUGCGGGGGUUUCGGAGGAAUCGGCCCGAUGCAGAGAGCGGCUUCUUUAGAUGCACCAAAAGGAGUGGCCCUCAGCUUAUACAAGGGCCAAGAUGAAGAGGAUGUAUACAUAGAAAUGUUAGGGUCUCAGCCACGGGCUCGUAGUCUCCAGGAGCCCCCUGACAGCCCAGAGCUGGUUGACUCUGAGGCUGUCUAUGAGGAGAUGAAGUAUCUCCCACCUGAAGAUGGCGGAAAUCCUGUCCCUGCUAUCACCAAGGCAGCCAAGCUGCAAACUCUAUCCUUGGGCUUGAUCGGACUGGGUUUAUCUCCUCCAAAAGGUGGGGAGAACAAACAAACAUCAGCCAGUGCCAAUUCUGCAAUGGAUGUUUCUCUUACACCAGGCCUGUCUGGCGGAGUUUCUUCCAAAGCUCACCUUGGCAAAGAUGGUAGCUGUGAGAUUCCUGCUCCUUUCCCCAACUUACUCCCUCACCGCCCUCCCCUCCUGGUCUUUCCUCCUUCACCUGUUACCUGUUCUCCUGCAUCAGAUGAGUCACCACUCACCCCCUUGGAAGUAAAAAAGCUGCCUGUUUUUGAAACUAAUCUAAACUAUGCCACAGGGCCAGACAGCCCUCUGUCCCCACAGUUUUCUCGCCAAAGGGCUGAUUCUUCACCUAGUCUUACAGUCCUAAUGCCAGAAAAGAAGUCUACUCCUCCACUGACCCCUCCACCACCUCCUCCUCCCCCAAGUGCAGCACCUCCUCUCUACAGACCCCCUUCACACUUCCCCUUCCCACCUGAGGCCAACUUCCUUGCUCUGACUCGUGCAGCAUCUGUCAAUGGGAGCUCAAACUCCCCCAAAAUCUCCUCUCAAAGGGCAGCUGUGGAGCCACUGGGGAAGCCGCCUCCCUAUUCUCCAGUGAAGAUGUCUCGACCUGAGCCACGGAGGGCACACUCUUGCUCAUCGUCACCGCUGCUGUUUAACCCAGCCAAUGGCAGACCCCUAACUAGCCCCCUAGAUGAGCUCAACACUCUGUUCAGUUCAGGACGCAGCCUGCUGAGGAAGUCGACACCCGGUCGCAAAAUGAGAGAUGGAGGAUUCAAUUCAAACAUUAAUUUGCCAGGGAGAGAAGAAAGUGGCUCUGCACCCACUUCACCAUCUCUGCAGCUACAAGACAAGAAUGCCAACAACCACUCUCUGCACUCCUCAAGCCCUCUCCCUAUUGAGAACGGCAACCAAAUAUCUAAUGGAUCACUAGAAGAUGAUACCAACAGCAAGUCUAACUCUAGCAGCACCUCUUUGCACAGACAUCUGGAUAGCCACCAUACUCAGCAACUACGUCUGACCAACAAAGAUGAAAGCACCACCCUCAGGGAGCUUCUGCGCUGGCGGCAAAUGCAGUGUGAGGGGCAGAGUCGCUCUCAGCGGCGUUCUCCUCAAUCCCCACCACUGCCCCCCACACUGCUGUGGACCAAAAGGAAGGCCUCCCCUUGAUCCUGACACAGCUAUGGAAUCUGAAGUUACAUCUCCCAACUUUUCAGUCAGAAUAUACUUUUUUCUGUAUUUUCGCAUGGGCCAAGAACCUUAUUGUCCAUGGGCUACGCUAAUGCCCUGAGCCCAGAAGCAUGUGCUUAAGCCCCUGGGCUGAGGCUUUUGCUUUUCCUGUAUUUGCACUGACUGUGGAAGAUACUCUACCUGAUAUGAUAUAAACUCAAUGUGCACAGUGUCUAUAAAUGCAUAAACAGCUGUUCCAGUGAAAGUGGGUUUUAUCUUUUAUUUUAUUUAUUUAAAAAAAACAGACAUAUAAUAGAUAAAUUAUUUUAA